AUGGGGUUCAAAAAGAAGAUGCUCCAGUUCGAAGAGCAACUCUCCGACGUCGACUCCGAACCAGAACUUGAGCCUCCGACUUUACAGCAAUUUCGAUUCCUUGAGCUUCCAUCCGAAAUUCGCCUACAAGUUUACCAUUAUGUUCUAUUCACACCAACCCGCAAGAGUGCCUUGAAGCGCACCGGCAAUGUCGGAUCCUCGGCCAAGAAGAGCAAGCCUCUGGCACCAGCCUCACAUCGCGUCGCCCUAUUCCUUGUCUCGAAGCGAAUCCACGACGAAGCCACCCAUUACUUCUAUUCAACCCAAACAUUCCGCGUGUUCCCGGUUCAGGACUUCUUGCGCAUGCCCACCAUCCGCGCUUUGCCUCGACGCCACCGCCAUUCGAUCACCACAAUUGAAUUGAUCGUAGGAUCAAGCUGGACGGCACCGCCAAAGUCAUGGGUGGUAAACCAGGGUUUGGGUUUACACGACAUGGAGCUGGUGCGCACCUUAAAGGUCUUUGUACAGUGUGACCCGUCCCAUCCUGUUUUCGAGGGCUUCAGGAUCUCGAAGGAUUUCUAUACCGACUUCUGUGGCAAAUUGCUAAAGCAGAUCCUGGAACGACUACCGGGUCUCUGUUGGGUCGAAUUCGAUGCUUGGCCCUCCGUAGAGAGAAACGGACCUUUGAUGGCUCGCUUGCUUGCGGAAACCCGGCAUGCCCAGAAAAAGGUCCUUUGGGGCCCUGAAAGAGGCUGGUCCGACAGUCACGAUGAAACACAUGAAACACAUGAACCACAUGAGAAACAUGACCUUAAUGACGCAGACGCUGCCUUGGAUGGCCUGCGGGCCUAUCCCCCGGAUGUUGUUGAGGCUUUGAGCAACUCCCUCCAGACGGUCAGGUUGGAGUCAUAG